AGCAUCGGUUUCAUCCUACAAAAAAAACUUCAUCUUCUUCGACUCAAUCUGGCUAUGGAGUUUCACCUACCCUUCUUCUGUUUUGUAUUCCUUCUGCUUCAGUGCUGUGUCCAUUUGGCCUUCUGUGACUCCGGCGGCACCGUCGGAAUCAAUUACGGCCGAAUCGCCGACGACCUGCCGUCCCCGGCGCAGGUGGUACAACUCCUCAAAGCGCAAGGUAUAACCAAAGUGAAGCUCUACGACACCGACUCCACCGUCCUCUCCGCCUUCUCCGGCUCCGGCAUCUCCCUCACCGUCGCCUUCCCUAACGAGCAGCUCGCCGCCGCCGCCGCCGGAAAAUCCUUCACCGACGACUGGAUCAAAUCCAACAUCCUCCCCUACCACCCCAAAACGAAGAUCGAAGCCAUCGCCGUCGGAAAUGAAGUCUUCGUCGACCCGAAGAACACCACGAAAUAUCUUGUCCCGGCGAUGAAAAACGUCCACGCUUCCCUCGCCGGCGGCAACCUCUCGUCGUCGAUCAAAGUGUCGUCCCCCGUCGCCCUUAGCGCUCUCCAAACUUCCUACCCGUCCUCCGCCGGCGCCUUCAAGCCGGAGCUCGUCGAGCCGGCCGUCAAGCCGAUGCUGAAAUUCCUUAAAGACACAGAAUCUUACCUCAUGGUGAAUGUCUACCCGUUUUUCGCGUACUCCGCUAAUACAGACACCAUAUCUCUCGACUACGCCUUGUUCCGGAACAACUCCGGCGCCGGCAAUAAAGACGCCGGAAACGGCCUGGUUUACAGUAACCUCCUCGACGCCCAAAUCGACGCCGUGUUUGCAGCAAUGGCGGCGCUAGGGUUUCACGACGUGAAAUUGGUGGUCUCGGAGACGGGAUGGCCGUCGAAGGGCGAGGAAAACGAGGCCGGCGCGAGCGCAGCCAACGCCGCCGCCUACAACGGUAACCUCGUCCGCCGAGUGCUCGCCGGCGGCGGCACUCCCCGGCGGCCCGAAGAGUCACUCAACGUUUAUCUAUUCGCGCUGUUCAAUGAGAACCAGAAGCCCGGGCCCGUUUCCGAGAGGAAUUACGGGCUUUUCUACCCGAACCAGCAGAAGGUGUACGAUAUUCCUCUGACGGUGGCGACUCUGAAUCUAAACAUGACGGAGAGCAAGGAGCGUGUGGUGGCGCAGCCGGCGGCGGCGGCGGGGCAUACGUGGUGCGUGGCGAGCGAGAAGGCCGGGAAAGAGGAGCUGCAGAAGGCGCUGGAUUACGCUUGUGGGAAGGGGAAGGCUGACUGCCGUCCGAUCCAGCCGGGUGCCACGUGUUACCAUCCUGAUAGCCUAGAGGCCCACGCUUCCUACGCAUUCAACAGCUUCUACCAGAAGAACUCGCGGGGGCCCGGGACCUGCGACUUCGGGGGUGCCGCCUACGUCGUGACCCACCCUCCUAGGUUCGGAAGCUGCGAAUUUCCUACGUCUGUGGAGAACUGAAUUUUUUUUAAAAAAUACAUUAUUAUUUUUUUAGUAUUGUUGUUAUUACAUAAUUUUAUUAUUUUUCUUAUUUUGCACCAUAGGUAGAACAGAGGAGAGGAGGUUAAAGAUUACUAUUGGUUUUUUGUUUGAAUGGAUUUGUUUAAUAGGACAUUCUAUGAUUGUAAUUAUUUACCUAUUUCAAUUGAAUUAAUGCCUUUCAUUUUGGGCCUUAUAUACAGUUUAAUUCAGUGCUAGUUAUAAUGGGCCUGUUUAAAGCCCAUUACAUUUGAGAAACCCAAUAAUAAUGGGCUUUUGUUAUUGAA